GAAUCCACAGAUUAGGCAAAGCUGACCUUGAUAAGGAGAGGAACCUAGGAAGAUACCUACUAGGUAAGUACUUGGCAUUGACAUCUUCGCGAUAUUUGGAGUGCCUAUAUGUAUAUCCGACAGACGACCUUGUUUGUGUUCGCCUGGAUCUCCAGCUCUCUAGCCAUUACUCCUGCUUUGUUGGACUUUGCGCGCGCAUCAGUAAAGCACAAGACAACAUCGGCACAAUGUCCAAGUUCGACGCAGCACCACCCAAUACUCAUGCUGGCGGGGAUGACGAUGCCCUUCGCGGGCAAGGCUCGCUCCCGAUGAACCCAGUCGAAGACUCCGACGAGAGAGUCGACAUGGACGCGUAUAGAAAAGCCGUACCGCUGUGGAAGCGUAUCUAUCAACACAGUUUGACGCAGAUGAUGCUCCUGAGUAUCCAGGCGUUUUGCGGACCAGCUAUGGCCGACGCGAUCGCAGGUCUUGGUGGUGGUGGUCUUGCGACCCCCCAAACGUCUAACAUUGCAACUGCGAUCAACUAUGCUAUGCUUGCCACUGUUUGUAUGUUUGGCGGUCCUAUUGUCAACAAGCUGGGGACAAAGUGGGCAUUGGUCAUCGGCGCUAUGUCAUUUCCUAUCCGUGGCUCAUCUUACUACUGCAACAGUAAAUUCGGCACGCAAUGGUAUUUGAUUUUUGGCGGUUUCUUUACCGGAAUUGGUAGCGGGUGUUGGUAUGUCGCCGAAUCUGGAUCUAUCAUGUCGCUUGCUCCCUCGGGAUCUCGUGGAAAGUACCUCGCCCUAUGGAUCGUCUCCCGAAACCUCGGACAGCUGGUCGGAGGCGCUAUCAACCUGUCCAAGAAUCAUAUUAAAGGAGCGGUUGGCGGUGUCACGCCCGACACUUAUAUCGCGUUCUUGAUUAUCGAGAGUCUGGCGCUACCAUUCGCCUUCUUAAUCUCCCCUCUCGAGAAUGUUGUCCGAUCCGAUGGCACACGUAUUCUCGUCUCGGAGAAACUUACGUUCAAGCAGGAGUUCAAGCUCAUCAAGUUCACCAUGUCUUCUAAGCUUAUCCUUCUUUCGGCUCUUUGGGCGGUCUGGUCCUUCUUCUACAGCGGUACUUGGUCUACGUAUCUCGGGACGUACUUCACCACCCGCUCUCGUGCCCUAUCUUCGCUCAUCUCGCCAUUCUUCUGCAUCAUCGGCUGUUUCGGCCUUGGAUUCAUUCUCGACCUUAAAUCCCUUAGUCAACGUCGUAGGGCGCAACUUGGCUUGUUCACCGUCGUCAUCCUUAACUUAGGCGUAUAUAUCUGGUCCAUUGUGAUGCAGACGAAAUUCAACGUCCGUAGCCCAGGUAAAAUCGACUGGGACGACUCGCUCUAUGCUACAUCCUUCCUGCCGUACUUCUUCGUGCAGACCACGGGCCCCCUAUCACAGUCGUAUAUGUACUGGCUUCUUUCUUCCUUUGCGACAGACGCGCAGUCAAACGUUCGUAACGGCGCUGCUUUUAGAUGUCUCGAAGCUGUCGGUCAAGCCAUAUCUUACGGCAUGAAUACCCAAAUCAAAGCCGAUCCUCUAAUCGGAUUCUGCGUCACAUUUGGUCUAAUGGCCGCCGCCUUUGUACCAAUGCUCCUCCUUGUUAACUCCACACCUGACCGUAUCCCGGCGGACGUAAUUCUUGAGGAGCAGGAGGCGCAAGAGGAGAAGAAGUUGGAAGGGCUUAAAUCCGACUCAUAACGUACUCGAGAAUAGAGGGUGAUCGGAAUAACCGGGUACCAGUACAUUUAGUGGUAAUUGCGAGGAUUAUAUACGAAAAGAUGAAGGAUUUACGUAGAUUCCAUAGUUGGUGAAUGUGGCAUCAUUAUUCAGUUCAUUAGUUGAGGUCUAGGUCGAUAACCUCGUCCUC